CUCGAAACAUAGUUACUCAAGUCAGUUGCUCAACUAUAUUUGUUCCGUUCAAAACCUUAAAAUGUCUGGUGAGGAAGGCAAAGACGUAGCCCAGCUGAAGGCGACUCUAGCGAAUUGCAAUUUGAACCCCAAGGACGGGGAUGACUUUGCCGAAUUCGAGGCCACUCUUGCAAAGAUUGAUAGCAUCUUAAAAAACGAACCCACUAAAGAUGACUCAGACACGGAGAAAAAAACCAAGGAAAAGGUCAAUUUCGACAACCUGGAUGUGGAUAAUGUGCGUCUUAAGGUACGCGAAAAUCGCACGGUAAUCAAUAGAAAGAAAUCUAUAGAUGAAGACAAUGAGAAGCAGACCAAGGCCAUGGACCAGCAGAGCUUCAUGGAGCAGGUGGAACGAGAUGCCAACGAUCGUGCAGAGGCUCGUGCCAAAGCAGAGUACGAGGCAGAGCAAAGCAGAGCUCAGGGAAAUGAAGCUUUUCGUAAUCAAAAGUACGAGAAAGCAGUUCUGCACUACGGCAAGGCCAUAAUAAAGGUCAAGGAUAGCGCUAUUACAUAUAACAAUCGCGCCCUGUGCUACAUCAAACUAAAGAACUACAAGCGUGCUAUUCAGGACUGCCAGUACGUGCUGGAGAAACUGCAGGAGACCAAUCUACGUGCCUGGCUCUACCAGGCCAAUGCCUACAAGUGCCUGAAACAGGACGACAAGUUCGAGGAGAGCGUGGCCAAGGCACGUGAGCAUAAUCCCAGCCAGCUGGCCUACAUUGACAAGUACAUCAAGCAGUUGGAAGCCGAAGUUUAAACCUAAAAGCAUUAUAAUUAGUUCAUAAACAUUAUAAUACUCACUUAGCAUUAACAUCACGCCCAAAAAGGAGACACACGAAUAAAGGAACGGCAGGUGAACACUGCCUAAAUCUGUGAAGCAU